AUGGAAUUCCAUCCUGUUACAUUAGAAAUACUGAAAAACUAUAAAAUAUCCUCAGAAACAGACAUAAAUUUGGAGUUGCUCACACUAAUUAUCGAUUCCAAGACUUUUUUAGACAUCAAUUUCGUUUACAGGUACAUUUUCACGUACAAAAAAAAUGCCAAACGCAGAACCACGACUAUGAGAAGGCUUAAAGAAUGGAUAAAGACGUAUUUUGAAUACUGCGUGUACAAAUAUGUUGACAGUCGCAUUUUGUGUGUUGAAAAAAUGAGCGUUUCUUCAUCAUUUGUGCUGCCAGAGCAUACAUGUGCACUCCUGCAGUUGAAAGACGAUUGCGAUAUAAAAUUGCAAUGCAUUACCAAGAGAACGCUUCGUUUAAUAUUUGUUAAUAGGGAAAAGACGAAAAAACAGCUUUUGUCGCAGCCUGUAGAUGAUUACAAGGGACCGUGUCCGAGCACACCCGCUGAUGACGAGCAGGGGAGCGAUUGCCGAACAACAAAACAAAAUUCAAGCAAACAACAUAGUAACAAAGAGAAAGAGAUAAAUCUGCACGAUAAAGGGGAUAAGCGGCGCGAAGGGCUGACACAGAAUACUAAAUGCUCAAUAGACCAGAACAAUCAGGAAAACGAUGAACCGGGAACAAAAAUAAGAAAAACAAGACGAACAAGUACGAGCACAAAAAAGGACGCGGAAAUUACAUGCAAAGAAAAAUUUGAAGACAAGAACGGUUUUGAUGGAGGUGAUGGUGGAGUAGCGGAUAGAAGUGCUAAGCGAACAAAAAUACUGGGAGUUCACAGUUUAUCAAAUUACAUAAAGAAAGAAAAACUAGUGGAAAAAAAGGACAGAAACAGCAGCAGGUUCGUGCCCAUUAACUUUCCUCCGAACACUUUGAUAUUCCAAAUAGGUCUUGGGGUCAAAUCCACGAGAAAAUACGAAACGAACAGAAAAUUGACGUACAUUAAGUUUCAUGAUACGAUACGACCAUCCAUCCACGCUUUCUAUACAAAAUACAGAACCAAUAACAGCGUGAAAAGAAUACCGUUCGUACUAAAUUAUGACGAAGAUUCUGAUUUGCUAUGGAACGAUGAUGAGUCGGGUGAGUCUAUAAACUACGCCACAGAUAGCGAGGAUAACAUGGUGGAAGAAGAUAGCUUUGAAUGUUCGUGGAUCGAAGAGGGUGAUGAGCACAGCACCAAAAGAGCAGAUCUAAGUUUCAGGAUGACGCUGCCUAACAUGAAAAUAAGUUUUCUUAAAGACAAGAGCAAAUAUAAAUUCCAUGACUGAUACAAAGCUGUGCCAAGGUAAUAACUGUUUUUACGCAGUGUAUAACUCAGCAAUCAAAUUUAUAUUGCGCUUUGUCUGACAAUUUGGUUAAUUUAGCGAUAGUUAGUGCAUGUUAAGUAAUUGCACGCUAUAAUACGCUGCUUUUGCGUAAAUAAAUACUUGUUCUGCAGCAGCUCUGCCCAACACUUUUAACCGCCA